AUGAUCUUCAGAGACACUCACAAACUGAAAAGAAACUUCCUCAAGUCACAACCACUUAAGGCCACCUAUCAAACCACAAUCUAUAAAAGCUUUUGCAAGUUUGCAUUUGAAAUUGACUCACAAGCCCGGCUGUGUGACAUGAAAGAUGAAGAAGCUGUCAUCUACACAAUGACAGACCUCUAUUACACUGAAGCCAAGAACUGGCUGAAUCAUCUAGAGAAUGAUCAUGAGAGAUCUCAAUGA